UGAUGCCUGUAAGAGACGUAAAGGUGGGCGCGUAUACAUUUCUGCUCGUCUCGAGAGCAGAGCCCUAUCUUAGAUUACCUACACGACACGGCCGCUUGCUAACUAACGGCUGUCUGUGAUAGUUAAAUGCGACGGGAACUUGCCCUGUGGCUACUGUAAGACCCGGCGGCAUGGCUUGACCUGCCACUUCUCCCCUGGCACCCGGCGUCGGGCGAAGAGACCACAUCUUCCUUCUUCUGAGUCAUGCCCGCCGUCAAAUCCGGCAUCCGCCGGGAUAGACGAGUCUCCCCAUGCUUCCGCCGGCCCCUGUCUACCAACGGGGGCUAGUCACGCCCCUGACGACGCCAUCCUCCGUGACCUUUCUCGGGAGGAAGAGACAGACGUGCCCCGAGAGGCGCGCUUAUUGCGUGACGCCCAGGGAAAACUGAGUACGUACUUGUGGAUAGAUCCCGUCGCAUCCUCCCAUAUAGUGCGUUUUGGCUGACACUUUUUGAUCUAGUUUUCGUUGGCGAUUGUGCGCCGCUGUCUCUCUUCCAGACCGUACGCCAAAUUGUGACCACGCGGGUGGACCCGAAUGCCUUCACGCCCCAGACGAGCCGAGUUUCGAUGUUAGAGAACGCGACCUCCGAUGAGUUUCUCUCUGUCGGCAGUAAGCGGCCGUACGUGGACUCUACGAGCAUCGACCGGCUAACGUCCAACUUUGUAUCAGUGACGUCUGGGCUAGUGGAUGUCUCUGAAAGCGCGCGCCUCGCCGAGAGCAUAUCGACGAGAGCUGUUGAGAAAGAGGCGCUACAUGACGAGGCCUCCGCCGUCGACUAUUUGGUGUUGGCCAUCGGGUCGCAGUCCGUUCACGAGGAAUCUGCCGCCCAAUACUUUGGGUAUGCGAAGAGCCUGGCUCUGUCCCGUCUUGGCGGAGACUUGAGCAUCGAGACGGUACAAGCCUUCGCUCUGAUAACUUUUUAUAUGCUUCGAGCAUGCCAGAUCAACGGUGCAUUCAUCUUCUUUGGUAUCGCUGCGCGAGCUGCGUACUCGAUCGGAUUGCAUCGAACAGAGGUCAAUUCUCGAUUCGAGGUUAAUGUGCAUGCACAACGAGAUCGUCUCUGGAAGAGUUUGCGGGUCCUUGAUUUGUUUCUCAGCAUCUCUAUGGGUAGGCCGCCCUCGAUGUCGGAUGUGGACUUCACAGUGCCUUAUCAAUCAUUGGAUCCUGACGGCCAAGAUAAAUUUGACCUUCUGAACGCCUCCGUGCAGAUCCUGUCCAUUACCGAAGACAUCGUGCUCCGAGUAUAUUCGAGAAGAAAGAUCUCGCUUCAACUUACCGAAGGAAUCUCGCGCCAGCUUCGGGAUUGGUCAACCAGAUGGCUUCUUCGCCUAAGACGAACUCUUUCUGAAUCGUCACAAGGAGAGAAGACAGAGGUUAUCGGGGCCUGCCAGGCGAUGUCGUCGUAUUAUUACGCAGUGAUGCUAGUAGCCAGGCCGUUUCUCAUGUACGAGCUGUGCAAACGCUUGCCGGAAAGCACUGCUACCGCUUACACGCCGAGCGCCAGCAGCAACGGCGAUAGCUCCGGGAGAACUAGGCUCGCAAAUGCGUGUAUUGACGCAGCUAGUCUAAUGGCAGAAAUGGUACUGGAUCUGGUGAACCGACGGCUCUUAGACGGACGCAUGCCGCUCAUCGUGUCAUGGCUAUUCGCGUCAUCCCUGGUACUCGGAGUUGGCCUCCUGGGUGGAUUUGGACGCGUAUUGGAGAAAUAUACCCGAAUGUCGAUCGCCGCGCUGGAAUUUUUCGCCAAGGACGACACGCAUGCCGUGCAGUACUCGCUCAUUGCCCAGUCGCUGCUGUCCAGCGCAUUGAGGUACCUCCAGAGGAGAGACACGGACGAACGCGUGCAGAUCAUGGGGAGCUCAUCUCAGUUGUUUGGGUUAGUUCCAAAGAAACGACUACCGAGAGAUAACCCCGUAUCUGCCGGCCUGGAGGAACCCCAGGCGAGCCCAUCAAGCUCCCAAGUUGGCAAUAUGUCUCACAGCCCGCAGACUGGCGAAUUAUUUACGUCGCCCUUCCACGACGUCGACCCAUCCCUCCUGUCGUUGGGUGGGUUUCUUGAUCCACCUUCGGGUGCUUCCCUUCCAGGCGGAGAUCAGCAUGGCCAGGCCGAGCACGUCUUCGGAGCUCUUAACCUUUUCCCCCUGUUGGACGGAAAUGGGCACAUAGACCUCGCGCAUUAUCUUUAGGCGUGCUCCAUAGGGUCGUUUCUAAGCACGGCACCAGGUUUUUUCUCUACCCCAGCCUCUUCCCCUGAUGAGUAGAUCGAGAGUAUUGCGGUGGAAUAUAAUCUGGACGUGCUCGUCGAGUACUACCUAGUACGCUCCACGAUGUCUCUGAUUAGUAUUCUGCGAAUCGUAGUACCCGGGCUGGGGCGUGAGCAGGGCAUGUCUAAGACGGCGGGGUCGGACAGCGCUGCCGCGACCAACCCCAGAAGAUGUUGUUAACGAAGCUUGAACUACCUACAUAUCGAACCGAGACAUUC